CACACACAGGCACCUCCCCUCUCCCUCCAUCAUGCGUGCCUCAGCUCACACAGCCGAGAUACAGCAGGACGGCUAGUAUUUGCACUCAGACGGAGAGAAAAGCGAGGCAGACAGGGCGGGAGGGAGAAAGAUACUCAGAGUGGACGUAACACACAAAGGGGAAGAAAGAGAUCAAGAGCGAAGAGAACGAGAGAUGGAGGAGGACAGGGAGGCUGCAGACAUCUUUGCUAUCAACAAUGGAGCAUGACGCUCUGCUGGAUAAAAGUGAAGUGACAACGUUGGGCCUGCCCCCCUCAGCCAGCCAUGGUGGCUCUGACGGUAACAUCAGCUUGGACGGGGCUGGGGUGGGUGUGGGGGCAGGGGCCGCGGCUGGGCUGGGAGCCGUGGCUGGAGGGGCCGAAGGGUCUGGGGUCGCUGAGCCUCAGCGGACACGGGCUGCUCUGGAGCACCUUCAGCAGAAGAUCCUGAAGAUCACAGAGCAGAUUCGCAUAGAACAGGAGGCGCGGGACGACAACGUGGCAGAGUACUUGAAGCUGGCACACAAUGCAGACAAGCAACAGGCGUCACGCAUCAAACAGGUGUUCGAGAAAAAGAACCAGAAGUCUGCACAAACCAUCGCCCACCUGCACAAGAAGCUAGAACACUACCACAAGAAGCUGAAGGAGAUAGAACAGAAUGGUCCUGCCCGGCAGCCUAAGGAUGUACUUCGGGACAUGCAGCAGGGGCUAAAGGACAUGGGGGCAAAUGUACGAGCAGGCUUCCAUGGCUUUGGCGGGGGCAUGGUGGACGGGGUCAAAGGAGGGGUGGAAGGGGUCAAAGGGGCUGUGGUUUCUAAGCCUCGGGAGUUUGCCAGCUUGAUCCGCAACAAAUUCGGCAGCGCAGACAACAUCUCCCACCUCAUAGAGGACGGGGUGGGAGGGCGCUCUGAGGACGCGCCAGCUCAACGUGCACUCAGUGGCAGUGCCACCCUGGUCUCCAGCCCCAAGUACGGGAGCGACGACGAAUGCUCCAGCGCCACCUCUGGCUCAGGGGCCGGCAGUCACUCGGGCGGGGCCGGUGGGGGUGGGAUGUCAGGGCAGGGGCCAGCUGGUCUGGGCAGCCCCAGACUUGAUGGGCACCACCAUCACCACCACCACGUGCACAGCUCCUGGGAUGCCCUGCUGGAAGGCCUGCAGGAGAUCAAGGCCAGCCAGGCCCACAUGGAGGACGCCAUGGAGGACAUGAGGAGUCAGCUGCAGAGUGACUACUCCUACAUGACCCAGUGCCUGCAGGAGGAGAGAUACAGGUAUGAAAGACUGGAAGAGCAGUUGAAUGACUUGACAGAGCUGCACCAGAACGAGAUGACGAAUCUGAAACAGGAGCUGGCCAGCAUGGAGGAGAAAGUGGCCUACCAGUCCUACGAGAGAGCCAGAGACAUACAAGAAGCAGUAGAGUCGUGCCUGACCCGCAUCACUAAACUGGAGCUUCAGCAGCAGCAGCAGCAGGUAGUGCAGCUGGAGGGGGUGGAGAACGCCAAUGCCCGCGCCCUGCUGGGCAAACUCAUCAACAUUAUCCUGGCACUCAUGGCCGUAGUGCUGGUGUUCGUCUCCACCCUGGCCAACUUCAUCACCCCGCUCAUGAAGACAAGAGCACGAGUUGCCACCACUGUCAUGCUUGCCCUGUUUCUCUUCAUCCUUUGGAAGCACUGGGACUUCCUGGAGCUGUGGCUACUACCAAGCUUCUUAAGGCGAUCGGGCGGGGCCGGUGGGGGUGGGAUGUCAGGGCAGGGGCCAGCUGGUCUGGGCAGCCCCAGACUUGAUGGGCACCACCAUCACCACCACCACGUGCACAGCUCCUGGGAUGCCCUGCUGGAAGGCCUGCAGGAGAUCAAGGCCAGCCAGGCCCACAUGGAGGACGCCAUGGAGGACAUGAGGAGUCAGCUGCAGAGUGACUACUCCUACAUGACCCAGUGCCUGCAGGAGGAGAGAUACAGGUAUGAAAGACUGGAAGAGCAGUUGAAUGACUUGACAGAGCUGCACCAGAACGAGAUGACGAAUCUGAAACAGGAGCUGGCCAGCAUGGAGGAGAAAGUGGCCUACCAGUCCUACGAGAGAGCCAGAGACAUACAAGAAGCAGUAGAGUCGUGCCUGACCCGCAUCACUAAACUGGAGCUUCAGCAGCAGCAGCAGCAGGUAGUGCAGCUGGAGGGGGUGGAGAACGCCAAUGCCCGCGCCCUGCUGGGCAAACUCAUCAACAUUAUCCUGGCACUCAUGGCCGUAGUGCUGGUGUUCGUCUCCACCCUGGCCAACUUCAUCACCCCGCUCAUGAAGACAAGAGCACGAGUUGCCACCACUGUCAUGCUUGCCCUGUUUCUCUUCAUCCUUUGGAAGCACUGGGACUUCCUGGAGCUGUGGCUACUACCAAGCUGAUCCUGCCCACGGGGGGGGAAAAACACCCACACUCCUGUGUCUGAGUGACCCGGACGUGGAUAAAAGGACUGGAGUGCAAGGGUAAGCUGUUCCAGACACACAAAGCAGUCCGGAACUCAAACACAGAGUGAACACAAGACUUACAUUUCUGAAAGAGGACCAUUGCACUUUCAUAGUGUUUAUGCCUGGAGAGUUGUACUGAUGAGGAUUGGCCUAAAAUCAUUUCAGGUUUAGAGAAAACAUUUUUUAGUAGGAAUGUUGGCACUCUGUGGUGAUAAUGAUAAGAAAACUAUAAAACGAUCUGCUUGGCCGCUUGGCCACUCAAGCAUUUGCUAUUUCUCAUUACCAAUUUAGUAGUGUUAACUCACCAUUGAACUGUAUGAAUUAUUCACAAUUCGCAAACUUUUUAAAAAUGAUUGUUUUCAGAAGUAUCAAUAUAUGGUCCAGCAAGUGAAAACUAGGCAAUUCAUGAAAUUCAUGUUGAAAUUCUUUGACAGAUUUUGUAUCUUUAAAAAUACUUAAAGGUGCACUCCAUGUUCUUAAAUGAACCAAAUUUGUAUGUUACAAAUUGGAUUUGUAAAAUAAAAUGCAAAUUGCAAAAAGGGUGACAAAAUGGGAUGUUUUGGCUCAUUACCACUUCCACAACUACUGGCUAAGUUAAACAAAAACUCAACAGUGCAUCUUUAAAAGUAAUAAUGCAAAUACAAAGAAAACGAAGCUUUGUCUUUGCUAAACCACAUUUUCUGUUACCUUUGUGUUGUCUGUGUAUUUGGAGUACAUUACAAAGCAAAAGGAUCUUUUGUUUUUGAUGAAUGUUAGGGUAUGUAGUAUUGCAUGUCCUCACAUGCAUUUAUCCUUGUAUGAUGCAUUUGGCGUAACAUUUCACCAACGAAACAAUCUUGAAACCUACUAACUUUCUGUUGUCUAUAACCAUUUUCUUUGAUUGAUUUCAUGUCAAUAUUAUUUCUUACACACUAGUCGAAAUCACUGGUGUUUAAUCUACACUUUUCUGGUCUAUCGAUUCCUAGUGUCUUAGGUCUGAAGAACAUGGGCUAUAAAGUACUCUGGAGAGACUGAUGAUGAUUACUCAAUAAUCUAUCAUAUAUUCUGAGCAUCAAUGCUAUUCCAUUACCAUUGUUGUUGUAGAGCAGCUAACCAUCUAGUGAAGUCAGAUGUACAGGCAUGUAUCACCAUUGCUUCCUUUUUCAAUACAGUUUGCUAAACCCAUCACAACUCGGUUGCAUUCUUUAUAAUAAAUGAUUAAACAAUA